UCAAGGAUGCGGCGGAUCAAGGACAUGAUAAUCAUCCCCUUCCGCAGCUGCCGGAAGUCGACGACCGCCGCCGCCGUCCUCGGCGCCGCCCCUCUCGUCGCCGGCUCGGACGAGGAGGAGGACGACGCGCCGCACAUGUACAUCGUCCUGAAGAUGCACCUGCACUGCGCGUCCUGCGCCGCGAAGAUCGAGCGCGUCGUAAUGGACAUCCCAGGGGUGGAGAAGGUCGCGGUGGACGUGGAGGCGGGCCGGGUUACGGUCACCGGGGCGGCGGACGCGGCGGCGGUGGCGACGAGCGUCCAGGUCAGGACGAGGAGGCCCGUCACGGUCGUCAGGGACGGCAGGAGGAGCGGCACCCAAGGGCGUCGGAGCGCCGCGGCGGCGGGAACGCCACGUGAGCACCAACUAGUGCGAGCGCGAGGGAGAUCAACGGCCGCGCAGGUGAGGCCGGUCGCGGCGGCGCGGCAGCAGCCGGAGGACGACGAAAUCGCCGGGAGGCCGCAGGCGCAAGAACAGGCGGCGGCCGGGUGGGCGGCGGAGGUCAGGAUCGCCGGGCUGGGCUACUGCGGCAGAUGCAUCAGCAGGGUCGUCCAGCGCGUGUCGAGACUCCAAGGGGUGAGGGAGAUCAAGCUCAUGCUGCCGGAGCCUGCAACGACGAGGUGCAGGCGCAGCAGCAGCAGCGUGUGCGACAGCCCGAGGAUGAACCAGCAGCAUCUGGGAGAAGCUUAAAGUUCAUGUUUUUUUU